AUGCUGUUGUCCGAAGAGAAGCACAGAACGGUGGUGUCAAUCUUGGGAAUGAGCGGGUUGGGGAAGACAACUCUUGUAAAGAACGUUUAUAAUUCUGACGAUGUAAACAGUGUCUUUAUGGGUCAUGCUUGGACCCAUGCUUCCCAAGAGUAUGACAUUAGAGAGCUAUUGCUUGGGAUUGUUAAAUCCGUAGUGUCCUUUUUCGAUGAUAAGCAAAGGAGGGCGUUGGAAGGCAUUGAUGCGGCCAGUGAAGCUCAAGAACUGCGGUUUUUGAACCAGACAGAGAGUUGGGAUCUGUUUGUUUGGAAGAUAUUCAAGGCCAAGAGCACACCUGCUGGUUUCCUGCUGGAGUUGGAGGGUUUAGGAAGGCAGAUAGUGGGGAAAUGUGGAGGAUUUGCAGUUGGCAAUUGUGGUUUUGGGAGGACUGCUGUCAAGGAAAGAUAA